UAAAAAGAUCAAAUUUUACUUUAAGGACAAUACACAGAGCCACGAGUACGAUUUUGUCACACAAAACGUUGUGUUCAAUGUUCCCAUCUCCACCAUAUUCCAUUGUUGGUAGAUGGAGACAAUGGGGAGACAUGUGGAACUUACUUAAAUAUCAGCUACCCCAUUUAUAGCAUGCACCGUGACUGAUGCUAGAUAAGGCUCGUAGAGUCAUAUCCUGAAUUUGAGAGGAUGGGUUAUGUACAUGACUUGUUCGGUAGAAGGCCUACAAGAACUUCAACCAAAAAAAAAAAAAAAAACACCCUGACAUGACCUACAUUUGAUUCUCUGGCAUUAAGAAUGGUAAUGCGUAGGACCUGUUUGAUAGAAUGCCUACAAGAGUUUCCAAUACAAAAGCAAGACCCACAUCCACGCCACAUGGGCAAUUAUUGGCGCAACAGAUGCUGUUGGUAUAUAUAAGUAGGAGAGACCUUGAGGAUCAAGCCACACUCAGCUUCCCUUUUUAUCUACAACCUACGCGCUAAUGGAGCAACAUUUGCAUGUUAGAUCCAUUAGUUUGCCAUCCAGAUCGCAUCCCGCGGUAGCCAGGGUCGAAGAAGCACUGAUGAAGAUGCGAAAUUUCGAGGCGUCGUCUUCUUCUGCAACUGUCGAUGCAAUCUGCCAUGGUUUGAGAAACCUUGGAGACCUGCACAAUUGUGUAGAGGAUCUUCUUCAGUUGCCGAGACUCCGACAAGGCCUCUUGCAACCCAACCAAAAGAAAUGGCUCGGUGAGGAACUAGAAUUAGGGUCUGUUAUGUCGCUUGACUUAUGCGGCGCGAUGAAAGAUAUGUUGGCCACAAUGAAGGAUCAUGUCCAAGAACUUCAAUCAGCUCUGCGAAGAGGGGAUAAAACAAUCCACUCUAUGCUAAAUUCAUACAUUAGCACUAGAAGGGAGCAAAUGAAGCAUAUCAAGAAGCGUUACAAAGCUGCGAGGGUGAUGAAUCAACUCCUCAGUGAGGAGAGCGACGCAUUCUUUGUGAUCGAGGCAUUGCUAGAAUCAAGAGAGAUCACGAGUUGUCUUCUCGGUUCAAUCUUGUCUCUUGUUUCCAAGCCGAGGCCGAGACAGAAGGCGGCAAGGUGGUCUUUAGUUUCCAGGGUCCUGCUUAGGAGGAAAGUGGCAUGUGAGGAUGUUCGUGAAAAUAAAGUAGCGAACGAGAACGAGAACUUUACUCUCGGCACUUCCUAUGAGAUCAUUCUACAGAAUGAUGUCAAUGGCGAAAAGGUUUCGAAGGUGCAAAAUCAGUUGAAAACUCUAGAGUCGAGCGUUGAAUCUCUGGAGGAUGGAUUAGGGUGCUUGUUUAGGCAACUAGUUCAAACUAGAGUUUCACUUCUUAACAUACUCAGCCUCUAGGAAUCUCAUCAGCCUUUGUGUGCCUUGGGCAUCAACCAUUGGCAUCCGCAUUUUAAAGGAGCGCUGAUGAGUUUUCGCAAAAUGUAACAUAUGUUGUGUACUUCUAAUGAACUUCAGAUAUCACUCUAUUAAUGUUUUUC